CGAGUGUCCCGGGGCGCCGCCGCUCCGCCCUUCGGCAGCGCCCGGAUCGCUCCGUGCGCGACUCCCGGGACACUCGCGCGGGCGUAGCGGGACGUGGCUGCUCCAUGAGAUAUUGAAGAAGGAUAAAAAGCUCCUCAAAGGUUUGGAAGGUUGAAUGUGAUCAGCAUGAAGAGCUUAAAAGCAAAGUUCAGGAAGAGUGAUACCAAUGAGUGGAAUAAGAACGAUGAUCGGCUGCUGCAGGCAGUGGAGAAUGGCGAUCCUGAGAAAGUGGCUUCGUUGCUGGGUAAAAAGGGAGCCAGUGCCACCAAACAAGAUAGCGAGGGCAAAACCGCUUUUCACCUGGCAGCCACGAAAGGGCAUGCAGAGUGCCUCAGGAUCAUGGUGACACAUGGUGCAGAUGUGACAGCCCAGGAUGGUGCAGGACACAGUGCUUUACAUCUUGCAGCAAAGAACAGCCACCCUGAUUGCAUCAAGAGGUUACUUCAGAGUAAAUGUCCAGCAGACAGCACUGACAAUUCUGGGAAAACAGCUUUGCAUUAUGCAGCUGCAAGUGGAUGUCUUCAGGCAGUUCAGCUCCUGACUGAACACAAAUGUCCCAUUAAUGUCAAAGAUGUGGAUGGGAACAUACCUCUGCUGCUUGCAGUACAGAAUGGACAUACAGAAGUCUGCAAAUACCUUCUGGAUCAUGGAGCAGACAUCAACACCAGGGAUAAAAAUGGAAGAACUGCUUUGAUGAUGGCUUGUGAAGCUGGUAACCUUAACAUGGUGGACGCUUUCCUUAGGAGAGGUGCAGAUGUCAGUUUAGUAGAUGUUUUUGGACAGAACGCCCUGCAUUACGCCAAGCUCUCUGAGAACACAGGGAUCCAGAACCUCCUAUCAUCAAAGUUAUCUCAGGAUGUGGAUACAAAGUCACCGACAAAAGCGAAGCAGCAUGAUCAAGGCUCUAAAUUAAGUUCAGAAAGAAGUGGAACUCCAAAAAAACGCAAAGCCCCACCUCCUCCUAUCAGUCCUAUUCAGGUAAAGAAAAGACCAAUUUUGAGAUGCGAAGAAUUCAGCUCCUUGCAUAGAGAUAAUAAAGACAGACUGAGUGACAGCACAACAGGUGGUGAUAGCUUAUUGGGUGUGAGUUCUGAAGCUGACCAACAAGACCUACUGCUGUUGAUGCAAGCAAAAAUUGCUUCUUUGACAUUGCACAAUAAGGAGCUGCAGGACAAAUUACAGGAAAGAACACCUAAAGAAGGGGAUUCAGCUGUAGAAUCUUAUUCAACCCAAACAGAGUUUGAGCAAACAGUAGAUAGACAAAAUGAGUUCUUGGCUCAGGAGCUGAAGCCUACAUUAAAUGCCACUCAGACCCAAGAAAAAUUGACAAGCCCCAGAGAAGUAAAAAUGAAGUACCUCCAGGAAGACCUAAAGGAUGUGCAGAGGAAAUUAGAGAAUUCUGAAGCCAAAAGAAGGCACCUGGAAUCUCAGGCCCAGUCUAGAAUUCCAGAAACAGAUCGUUUAAAUAGCCCAGACAUUUCAGAAAAUGGUUCUGAUCUUAACCUGAAGUUCCAAGAAACUCAGAACAGGUAUGAGGAAGCUGGGAAAGACACCUUGAAUGCGCAAAGGCAAAAGAAGCUGAGUGUUGUUUCCUCUGAAAGUGAAGAAACCAGUUCUGAUCUGAGUAUGUUGAAAGUUACAUAUGCAGAAGUUGAAACACUUAAGCAAGAAUUGAAGAAAGCAUUGGAGGAAAGCGAAAGACAAAAAGAAAAAGUGAGAGAACUACAGAAAAAGUUUGAAGACAGAGAGCAGAAUGUGGCAAGCAAAUUGUCUGUGGAAGAGUGUGAGGAAAUGAAGAAUUCAUAUUGUUCAGUUAUUGAUAACAUUAAUCAAGAGAAAGCAUUGCUGAUUGAGAGGUACAAAGAAGGGCAAGAGGAAAUUAAAAGGCUACAGGACAAGCUGACAAAUCAGACACAGCUGGAAUCUAGUCCUGAAGCUGGAGAAAUGAAAGACGUGAUGCACAGAAUGGUAGAUGACCUCAACAGACAACUCAGUGAAUUGUCUCAGUUGUACAAAGAAGCACAAACAGAGCUUGAAGACUUUAGGAAGAAAAAAACUCUAGAUGAUAUAGCUUUGGACUACAUUCCUAGAGAAGAACAUGAGAAACUGAUGGAGGUAACAAAUUCUUUGAAAUACAAAGCAGAAAAUGAGUUGUCAGAAAUGAAAUCCCAGUACACAAAAGUCUUAGAUGAAGCAGAAGAACUAAAGCAACUGUUAGACACUCAGAAACAAAACUCUGUGCCAAUUACUGAACACCGUCAGGUGAUUAGUGCACUCAGAAAUACUAUAAAGGAAAUGGAGGAAGAAAUAAAUGAGCUCAAAAAACAGCUUAACAACAAGGAAGGUGAAUUAAGAAACUUAGAGAAGGAGUUACUGGAAGAAAAAGCUGCAAUUAAUGAAGCUAUGGUACCCAAGGCUACAUAUGAAAAGCUCCAGUCAUCACUAGAGGGUGAAGUUAGUGUUUUGUCAUCCAAACUGAAGGAUGUAAUGCGAGAGAAGGAAAAUGUAUCCUUAGAUGCUCUGAAACUGAGAAAUGAAAUUUUGCACUUGAAAGAAGCAAAAGAAGGUAUGCAUACUCUGCUUGAAGCAAAGGAACGGGAGGUGACUGAUCUCCAGCAAAAGUACCACCAAGUUCAAGAAGCCCUUCUUGAAAUGAAAAACUCAUCAAAACUAGAAGAAGAUAAGGAUAAAAAGAUCAAUGAAAUGUCCAAGGAAAUUAGCAAAUUAAAAGAAGCACUGAACAGCCUCUCUCAGCUUUCCUACUCAACCAGUGCCCCCAAAAGACAAAGCCAGCAGCUGGAGGUGUUACAACAACAAGUGAAGCAGUUGCAAAACCAACUGACUGAAACAAAAAAACAACAUCAGGAAAUUGUCUCGGUUUACAGGAUGCAUCUUCUCUAUGCUGUGCAGGGUCAAAUGGAUGAAGAUGUCCAGAAAGUGCUUAAACAAAUUUUAUCAAUGUGUAAAAGCCAAUCACAGAAAAAGUAAACAAAGAAAAAGCCAAGGAAAACUCCCUAUUUUAUUAAUCCUGUUAUGGUUGUUUAUCUAGAUUUGCCUUAACAUAAGAUUUAAAAUUGGCAAUUUGCUGCUUUUGUGUUAUUGUGCUGUUUGUGAGGGGGAUAUAAUUGUCCGUCUGUACCACUUCCCUGUGCAUUUCCAUGUGCAGUAACUAAACACAUGCCUGCUUUUCAUAUCCAAAAUGCAAGUAUGUUCUUCAGACUUUUUACUUAGGCCACUCCAUAUUGUGUUUACCCU